UCUCUCUCUCUUUUUGUUUCAACGGGCGAGAAUUUUUCGAAACCAAGAAAGAAAAAAAGAGAAAAAAAAAAGCUCUCUCUGUUCUCUCUGAGAUAGUUUUCUUGGACUCGAAUUUUUCGGUCUCAUCUCGUCGAUGAGCUCCACUUCGAUUCCCGCCACUACUGCUGAAGCAACGAAUGAUGAAAUGGCUGGGUUGAAACUAGAAGAGUGUUGUCUUGAGAAUAAACAAUCCACCGCGGCUUCGAGCUCCACCUCAUCUGAAGGCAGUGGCAGUGCAAUUGUUAAGUCCCCGGGGGUGUGUAGCCCGGCUCCAACAUCUCCAGCUCAUCGGAGAGCCACUGGCCCAAUCAGACGAGCGAAAGGAGGUUGGACUGCACAGGAGGAUGAGACAUUAAGGAAUGCUGUUGCAGCUUUUAAGGGGAAGAGUUGGAAAAAAAUAGCUGAGUUUUUCCCUGAUAGAUCAGAAGUGCAAUGUCUGCAUCGAUGGCAGAAAGUUCUUAAUCCAGAUCUUAUAAAAGGACCAUGGACUCAAGAGGAGGAUGAUAAAAUCAUAGAACUGGUAUCAAAAUAUGGGCCUACAAAGUGGUCUUUGAUAGCCAAGUCUUUGCCUGGUCGUAUAGGGAAACAAUGUCGAGAGAGGUGGCACAAUCAUUUGAAUCCAGAUAUAAAGAAGGAUGCUUGGACACCAGAGGAGGAAUUAGCUCUCAUGAAAGCCCAUCGGAUACAUGGGAACAAAUGGGCUGAAAUAGCUAAGGUUCUACCUGGAAGAACUGACAAUGCUAUUAAGAAUCACUGGAAUAGUUCCUUGAAGAAAAAGUUAGAUUUUUUUUUGGCUACUGGGCAACUUCCAGUAGUUGCAAAGAACAGUCCCCAAAAUGGUGCUAAAGAUACUAGUAGAUCUACUGCAACAAAAAACUUACUUGUUAGUUCAAAUAAAGGCUCAGAUUCAACCGCUCAAUCCUCAUCAGGAACUACAGACAUUUGUAAGACAAAUGAAAAUAGCAAGGAUCAGUUAGCAUCCUCUGCCCCACCUCGUGAUAUGGGUGCUUCAUUAAAUGUCAUUCUGAAUUCUGCUGAUUCAGAAUGUGAAGAAUGCAAGGCAGCAUCAUUUAAUAUAGAUCUUAGCCGCAGCAACUCAGGGUCGGUGCCAAAGUUUGAGAAUUCUGGAUUCAACAGUGAGGCAAAGUUUGAGAGUUGUACAACUAACAGCAAGCCGACUAUUGAUAAUUGUGGAAUCAAUGAUGAACCAAUGUUUGAGAGACGUGAAAUCAACAACGAAAUUGAUGAAGACAAAUUUAUUGGAACACCUUUGACUAUUGAAACUCCAACAUAUGGUUCUUUGUACUAUGAGCCACCACAGUUAGAAGGUUGUAAUCCAUUAGAUUCCGAUUUUUUAAAAUUGUGUUACAUCAACUCUAGUCCGAUUCUAUCACCUAUUAGAUUCUUCACUCCACCUUGUGUGAAGAGCGGUGGUUUAGGCAUGCAGAGUCCUGAAUCAAUAUUGAAAAUGGCUGCUAAGAGCUUCCCCAAUACUCCUUCCAUAUUUAGAAAGAGGAAGACAGAAGGUCAAAAGCAUCUGCAUACUGAUAAAAUUGCAAAAGCAGAUAAGGAAUCGGUCAAGGAUGUUGUUCAUGCUUCUGAUGAACAGAAAAUAAUCAACAGCUUGGAGACGUCUGAAUCACAAGAUGGAAGUUUGUGUGAGAGUCCUACUUGUCAUGGCAACAGCAUUGCUGGGGCUAAUGGUAAGGCUUUUAAUGCAUCUCCUCCAUACCGGUUAAGAUCUAAACGAACUGCUGUUUUGAAGUCUGUGGAGAAACAACUUGAGUUCACAUUUGACAAAGAGAAGUGUGAUGGUAACACCAAAUCCAUGGAAUUAUCCACAAAGGGAAGCUCCCCUGUUACUGAAGAUUGCUCGCAUGCAGCAAAGAUUGGAGUGACCUAGGGCUUUAAUCGGAUAAAGGCUGGACGUAUUUUGAAGUUGGCUGACAGUAUCCUUCACGACCAAUUUUCAGAUUCUAUAGAAGCUGCUCAAAACUCAAAAUUGACUCUGCCCACGGAAUAUUCAAUAGUCAGUGCCACAAUCAUCUUGCAGAUACUAGGUACUUCAGACAAUUUUUUUCGUCAUAUCCACACGGACAAAAGUGAGUGGCAGUUAGAUUUUGGUAAGUGUAAAAUAAGAAAAAAUAGGUCCUAAAUUAUAUAUGAAAAUAUAUUGACUGUACUGGAUUUGUACAGAUAUGAGAUAUCCCAUCAUGAAGAGGAAAAAUGAUGCCUGGAAAAAUUCUAAAAUAAAGCGUAGCCCCUUUCCAUGUC